UCUAUAAGUAUGUCAGCGCCCAUGUAGCACGCGUGUACAACUAAGAUAUGACUGGAGCACACUGCGGUAUAUGAACAGAAAAUAUUUCUUCAACACCGAUGGUAGAAAACGUGAAACGCAGCGGCAAUACAUGUAUAUUUCUUCUAUGUGGCUUACCAGGUAGCGGUAAGACGACGCUGUGCAAGCGUCUUUUAUCAGAAGCAGCCAAAUGUCAACAGAAGUCAGCUGAGCUGAACCUGAAGUUGUACCAUGUAUGCUAUGAUGAACUGCUGCCGGUGGACACAGAAAGAACGAUACUACAGACAGUGUCCGAGGAGGGAUGUUCACAGUGGAAGAAGUACAGAAGGAAUAUAAUAAAAUGUCUUGACCAGAAAAUAGCAUCAAUUCUUGGUGUAUCACAGGGAAGAGAAAGUGAAAUUCCUGCUGAAAUUCAAUUAAGAUUUGAACAAUUACAAGGAAUCAAAAGCUAUUCUGAAUUGGAUAAGACAAACCAUGUCUUUUUGAUUGAUGACAAUCUUUACUAUAGAAGUAUGAGAUAUGAAUAUUACCAGCUGGCAAGAAAAUAUGAAAUCGGCUUUGGUGAGGCGUACAUCAGUUGUGAUGUAGAGACUGCAUUACAAAGAAAUCAGACAAGAGAGCAAGCCAUCCCUGAAGAGGUGAUAGUAACCAUGGCAACAAGAUUGGAGCCACCGGACCCCGAGGAGGCAUGGGAACAGAACAGUAUUGCUUUAGACGAGUUUUCUUCUUCAGUUGACUCUGUUCUGCAGUUUAUGAACCAUGUACUACACCACCCAGUACAGAGGCCUCCAGAGGAGGAUAUGACCAUGAAGGAGGAGAGUCGGAUCACAUGCUCUGAAAAUCUAAUUCAUCAAGCAGACCAGAUAUUAAGGAAAUUGAUUGGACUACAUAUUGCAUUGAAAAAAGAAACUCAAACACAUAUACCUGAAGGCAUUAAAACAUUUGCUCAAAAGCUUAAUGGACUGAAAAGUGAAAUUCUCAAAGACUUGAAGACUGGUGUACUACUGGUGCCCUCUGGUGUGGAAUCUCAGGUGGUGAACGCCAGUAAAAACAUGGACUGCGCAUUCCAUACUUUUAUACAGGACAUAUUUCACAAAAGAGCAGCUUAUCUUCAAGGAAAUAAUAGCUGAUACAGGCUGGCAAAGCAAGUACUUGUUCAGCUUUUAAUUGAGGUCUUUAAGGGAUUUUUUAUUGUAAAGAGUGAUCAUUAUUGCACCGAUUAUCAAAGUGAAUAUCAGGAAUUAAGGUUGACUGCUGUGUAAAUCAAAGAAUGCAACAUGAAUGAUAAAAUAUUUAUUGUCAAUAAAUGGCCUUGUUGUUUGUUGUAGUUUUAUUGAAAUACCUGGAAAAAAUGACACCCAAGAUAAAUUCAAGUGUCUCUGUUGUUUUAACAGGGUUAAAAGUGUUAUUAAGUAUUGUGAAUAUGUGCAAUGACACUGAAAAUGAACUUAAUUUUGGUCUGAAAGUACCACUCAUAUAGUUAGCAAGAAGCAUGACGUGUGUAUAGAGGCAGAUUCUUUUCAAUUUCCAAUCCAAAUAAAUUUGCAAAGAUGGACAGUGAUUUGUAGUAGUGUGGCUGCAUACCA